AUGCAGAGAUCAAAGUCACCAUUGAACCACCUCCCCGAGGAUAUGCAGCGCUCAUCCUCUCCAUUGACGGAGCUAUCAGAAGAAUUGCAAUGCUUCUUUGAACCACCAUCAUUGCCAUUUGUUGACACCAGUGAAAUAUCCUCCAAGCCCAAUCCUUCGAUCGAGGUAGCGGUGAAGAAACGCUCAAAUAUCGAUGGCUCUAUUCAGCAGAAUCUCAAGCAACGACGCAUCGACUUCGUUCCAGCGAUCUUUGCUCCACCCACCCCGGCACAAGAUUUCACCCCAGCCCAAACGCUCAUCCAGCAAAAAAUGGCUUUUGAGUAUGUCCGCAAGAGUAUUCGGGAUGCUUUUGUUGUGCAUUUGGACUAUGACGUCGCAGUGGCACGGUUCCUGCAGGAGACUGCUCAUCUCAAACUUGGGGAUAUUCCACACUCAGUAGACUUUGUAUUAGCCAAAUCUGAACGCGAAGGACGGUCGACAUCACUUCAAAACAAUGCUUACGUCUGCGCACGUUAUAUUAAGGAAGGUCUGGUGGCUUAUGACUCUGGUGCUGAGCAGAAGAGACCUUUUGCUCUCCGUUAUCCAAACUUGAAUGCUUUGAAAGCGCUUGCGAUCAAAAACUCCGCCUCCGCGCGUUCCAUGCCUUCAGACGUCCCUGUUAUCUUACUAGACAUUGCUGGGCGGAUGCUAGCCGUUGGACUGCCUCCAAAGCGACAGAAGACACCGGCCCACGAGGACGGCGCCCGAGGUGAUUUGCGAAACGCAAAGAACAGCGCAGUCCAAGUUGCCAAGGUUGGCAUAGUAGACAAUGCUGAGGGGGGUGCGGCAGGGGAUCCUGGAACCGCGAAGGACGGCACGAAGAAUCCCACCAUGGAUCGCGCGGAACGGGCACUCCUUGCUUGUCUGGGGUCGGCACGAGUAUAUAACCUACCAAUCGUGGACCAAGAGCUUGUUGACAAGGCACCACCUGUCAAUUCAUCGGGUCUUACACCUUUUCCUCUGACUAUGACCAGUGGGUCCCGACUUUCCCAAAUUACCAGCCAGGUGGCGCCACAUCUUGGAGCGAUUCAUGGCACGGUCCAGUAUCAGUCUUUUGGAUAUGGAUUGGGUGCGCCCAAUUCGUCGGACAUGGCUGAUAAACAGCUGACCUUCGGUCCUGAACGCCAGGGGUCUUUGGAAGUCGACGCCGCAUGGCGCAAGCGCACCGUGGACCGAGUAAACUUACCCCAGAUCAUCCAGCAGAGUGGCGGCCCACUCUACAAGAGACGUGAAGAUGCGAGAGUCACCAUUGAGCUGGGUUGGCAAUACGAUGUCUCACUUGCAGUCAUUAUGGCGGUGCAACCAGAGGCAUACAGAAUAGCACAUGAAAAUAUCGAUCUACUCUCUACUGAUGGUGAUGUGCUAGUGCAACAACGGAUUAGUCACAUGCGACAUCGAAUCUUGUGUAAUCGCCAAAUCACGUACAAUAUGCAGUGUAACUAUCACCGAGAUGGCAAGAACUCAAACCUCCUUGACUCCGUUUUCUUCCUUGGCGAAGGCUACAAGGGAGCAAGGUUUGUCCUAGCUGAUCUAGGUGUCACACUAUGUGGAGACCAUGGAUACUCCGUUCAUGGCAUGUUCAAAGUCUUAGUUCAUUCCGUGACCCACAUCCAUCCCGACCCAGACCGUAAUCAACCCCCGCAACGCAUAUCUCUAGCCAUCUACAAUCAUGCGGAUGCUUAUGCUGGAAUCGCCAGAUAUGCAGCAGCGCAUGAUCAAAGCGGUCUUUUUAGUAAAGUAUCAUUGUGGCUGCCUUUCUCCCCUGGUAACUUUUCUGUUUCCGAUAGUGUCAAAAUCUUACGAGAUGCUGGAAAGGCGAUAGGGAAGGAGUACGAAGAGAUGAAAUAA